CUUGCUUUAGGAGGUCGGCGCCCAGCUUUCCGGCACUCGUACGCGUACCAUACAGCGCUCGUUAGUAACCCAGGCCGCCGUACACGGCGAGUACGGGCGGGGCGGCCUUGGCUGCGUCCGGGUGAUCCAGUGCGUAGUUCCGCCAUACCCAUCUCCACGACCUCGGUCGAGCAUGUUCACCAGGGCCCAGGUGAGACGGAUUCUGCAGCGGGUGCCCGGGAAGCAGCGACUUGGCAUCUACCGGUUCCUGCCCUUCUUUUUUGUCCUGGGAGGAACGAUGGAGUGGAUCAUGAUUAAAGUGCGCGUAGGCCAGGAGACCUUCUAUGAUGUCUACCGUAGAAAAGCCUCAGAAAGACAGUAUCAGAGAAGGCUGGAAGAUGAAUGAGACUGAACUUCAGCAGUCAAUAAAGUCAAUAUGAAUUUUUA